AUACAUCAUCCGCCUUAAACCAUCCCACCUUAAUAUUAUUUGCUCUUACAAUGUUCAAAGGCAAAGAAAAAGACAAAAGGAAGAGAGGUUUAGGGAAGAGACAUGGAUGAUAUUGUGGGACUUCUUAGAAUCCGAGUCAAAAGAGGAAUGAAUCUUGUUAGUCGAGAUUCUCUUGGCAGCGACCCUUUCGUCGUCAUAACCAUGGGUCCUCAGAAACUGAAGACUCGCGGUGUGGAAAACAACUGUAAUCCAGAGUGGAACGAUGAAUUGACGCUUGCAAUCAAAGAUCCUAAUGAACCUGUGAAUCUCGAAGUGUAUGAUAAAGAUAUGUUCACUUCCCAUGACAAAAUGGGAGAUGCGGAAAUAGACAUCAGAACCUUUCUUGAGGCUCAGAAAAUAGGUAUUCAAGAACUUUCUGAUGGAACCGAGAUCCAAAGAGUGAAGCCGAGUAGAGACAAUUGCUUGUCCAAAGAUAGUAGAAUCAUCUCCAGUAACGGAAAGAUCGUCCAAGACAUGAUUCUUAGGUUGAGAAAUGUUGAAAGCGGUGAGGUUGAGAUUCAAAUCGAGUGGAUCAAUGUUCCAGGGUCAAGAGAUCUUUGAAGGAGAGAUAUGGCAGAAAAGAAAGUGUGUAUGAAUUGUACUGAGUGUGAUAAUGCACAGGAGAAGCUCAUUGCAACACAAAAGUUACAUUAAUUA